CAUUAAUUAACACAACAUCACUCGUAAAUACCUACCUACCUACGCUGUAUUUGUUUGGAACCCGUUUCGCUGUGAUAUGUUUAAGGUGCUCUUCUUGUUCGCGUGUUUAGCGCAAGGUACGUUCGCACAGUCCUCGUCGUCGGAUGGGGGUGGGACUUGUCAAAAUGCGACGGAAGAAAUUAAGGCAGGUUUAACUACACAAGCGCCAUCUAUUGUUGCAAACCCAUCCACUAGCAGCCGACCCACUUCAAACGAUGAUGAUGUUACCGAGUUAUUGCAGCCACUAGUCCACGUUAUUAACGCAUCACUUGAAAAUGAAACGAGCUCUGCUCAGAACCAAACCGAUGAUGAAAGCGAGUCCCACGCGAGCUUCCCCCAGUCUUACGACGAUAUUGUGGAAUACCUCAAAAACCUGGGAUACACGGGAACGAUAGUUGCAAUAACACUCGCCACCCUCCUGAUACUAGCCAUCGGAAUUUUAACGUCGUACGUCUGCUGGAAGGUAAGGGUCUGCCGAGAGACAAGAAGCCGAUACAACAGAAGGCCCAAGUACGUCUCAGUACCCGGCGACCAAUACGUUUACGACAAACUCAUGCACGAGCCAGAAGCCGAAGAUAUUUAACUUUUACCUUGUUUAAUUCACAUUUGUAAAUACCAUUUUUGAAUAAAAAAAAAACCCACGUCA